AAUAAAUUAAAACCAUCUCUCUCUCUCUCUCUCUCUCUCUCUCUCUCUCUCUCUCUUAUGGAAAGCAAGGAAGCAGUGAAGCUUCUGGGAUUCUGGGUGAGCCCAUUUUCCUUUAGAGUGGAGUGGGCACUGAGACUAAAGAGUGUGGAAUAUGAAUACAUCGAGGAAGACGUCUUCAACAAGAGUCCUCUGCUUCUGGAACUGAACCCAGUUCACAAGAAAGUGCCAGUGCUGAUUCAUGGAGACAAAGUGAUCCUUGAGUCGUUCAUAAUUCUUGAGUACAUUGAUGAGACGUGGAAGCAAUUUCCUAUUUUGCCUCAAGAUCCUUAUGACAGAGCCAUGGCGCGAUUUUGGGCCAACUUUGCAGAGGAGAAGUUUUGGAUAAAUGCAUGGACGGCUUUAUGCACCGAAGAAGGAGAAGACAGAGAAAUGUAUAUAAAACAAGCCGUGGAGUCCCUGGAGAAGAUAGAACAAGAGUUGAUCAGAGGGAAAUCCAAGUUUUUCGGUGGGGAAAGCAUUGGGUAUCUGGACAUCGCACUUGGAUGGAUCUCUUACUGGCUUCCUAAUUGGGAGGAAAUUGGGUCCAUGACAAUCCUAGACCCAACCCGAUUCCCAGCCACAGCUGGUUGGACGGAGAAUUUCCGCAACCACCCGGUGGUUAAGGACAAGUUGCCGCCAAGAGAUAAGAUGUUUGUUUAUAAUCAGUGGCGAAGUAAAGAAAUCGGAGCCCAAAUGGCCUCUGCUAGAAAAGGUUGAUGACCAGAUUUUGAAAUAAUUGAAUAACU